CAAAACACAGCUUUAGCUGCAUUAUAGCCACAUGACAGCAGUGCAAUAAGAAACAGGACGUGGGAUGGAAUGCAAGCCUCUAAUACGACUUAGGUAAAUCUGUGACAAAGCUAAAUCGCAUAACUUUCUGUGUAAAAGCUUCUUUGUUACAGCUUCAUUAUUUUCCUAAUAAAGGCCGGGUUUGCCUCAGGCCAGCUGUAAUUUGAGUAAUUCAGCAAAAAGGCAGCCAGACGCAUCUCUGUGAAAUCUGCAGCAGGAGUAGAGCAGCUUUUGAAGAUGGAGAUUUUGGUCUUUUUGUUCUCUUUUUCUGCCCUUGGCAUUCUUUAUACUAUGAACUCCAUACCUGAGAUGCAAGAGCCGUGCGUGAUCCUGGAGAUUGGUGUUGCUGUGUUGGUGGUUGUCUUCCUGUUUUACUUCCUCAUAACUCGUGGCAACCCACCUAAAGACAUUCUAUUCUUUGUCUUUGCAGAAUUUUCUUUCACUUGUGUCAUUGACCUGGUGAGCGCUUUGGAAUAUGACGGCAUCAUUUCUGGUUUUAUGGAAUUUUACCAAAAGACGGGUGAACCCUACUUAGGAACAUCUUAUGCCAUUAUGAUGUGUUACUGGGAUGGAAUAGCUCACUUUGCCAUGUACUUGAUGAUGAUCAGCAGGAUAACGGAUAGAAAAGCGUUCCGGACCAUGGGCUUAUUCUGGGCUGGCUCCUUGUGUGCCAACAUGAGUGUAUUCAUUACAGGGAUAGUGGCAGGUAAAUAUGGAUCUGAGGUCCAGCCAGCCUUCUGGCUGAAUUUUCUUUUCCUUCUGAUGCCUGUGUUGGGAGGGGUUCUACUGUUCACUCGACCUAAAGACAGACCACUAAUUGGAGGAUAUAAUGCCCAGCAAGCUCAGAGUAUGAGGCUAAUCUGGCGUCCCUUGGACAUGAUCUUGGUGUUGCUGCUGUUGGCAUCAAUGGCCUUCACUAUCCUUAGAGGCUUGGUGGCUCUGGACUCUCCUCUGGAAGCCUGUUCUGUUUAUCUGGAGCAGUAUGAACCCUACCUGAAAGAUCCUGUGGGUUACCCUAAAGUCAUGAUGCUGGAGUUGUUUUUUUAUGGUCUACCACUUUUGGGGGCAUUUGUUUAUGGUCUCCUUAAACCUGGGUGUGAAUGGAUGUCAGACUGGACCAUAUUCUUUGCUGGAGCCAUGACACAGUGCCAGUGGUCCCACAUUGGGGGAUCCCUCCAUUCUCGCACCACAGCUCCAUUUAGGAUCCCAAAUGAUGCGUUCUGGACCGUGUUGGCAGCUAAUUUAAUCUAUGCAGCCACUCCUGCUCUGGUGGCCCUGCGGGUUCACAAAGAUCCCUUAUUCUUCUUAAAAGUUGCCUCGUUCCCUGGGCAGACUGGUUUGCCAAACAGUGAGGAGAAAGACACCAAGUUCAAAGAAAAAUAAAUACAGUUUCUUCCUAAUCUUUGGAGCUAACGGCAUACUCAUAAUUGGAAAGGAGCUGUAUACCUACAAAACUUAUUUGUAAAACAGUUUAACAAAACCUAAAUAUAUACAUAUUUUUGCUCAAAAUCAG